AUGUCGAAGCAAUCUCAAUUGGAUCAACUCCAGCAUGUUGUGACGUGGCUUCAACAACUCAAGGGUUCGAUUCAAGGCGACGCAACUCUUCCUAAUGAAGAGGAGCCCGAAGUUGGCCGUGGACGUCUGCCCGAGUGGAUGAAAAUGUGCAAGAAUCGGGACCUUUCUGAUGCUGUCGCCGACACCGCCCCUUCUGCUCAAGAAGAAGGCGAAGAAGAGCCGGCACCCGAGUCUGAUCUCUAUUUUGUCGAUGUAAAUCGGCUGAUAGAUCAGAGCAUGAACUGGCCCGAUCGAAAAUUGGCGUUCUCGCAAAUAUUCGACGCCGACAGGGUCUUUGAAGACAAGUUCAAGGGGUUGGGACGCGACCUGACUCUGGGCGAUUACGUCCUCAAGAUCUGGACCCGAAGUGGCGAACGAUUCCACUUCGCCGGUGCUACCGAUUGGGCUCAGCGGGAGCUUCGGCGUAUCAAGAACUCGCCCGGCUACCGUCCCACCAGAACUGCCGCCGCGGUGCCACACUUUGUGCCAGAGGGGGAAAUGUCGCCAACCACCGCUCUUCGCGCAAGAAUCCAUCGGGGCGAAGCUAACAGCGCUGUGUCUGAACAGGACAACGUCGUACAGAUGUAA